CACCUUACCUGGUAUUGGUACUCUGAGAGCUUCCCUCAGAUGGCCUCCAGUGGGUGUGCGGGACAGGCGUGUGUGUGUGUGUAAUUCUCUCGAGAUCAUCGACCUGAUCACCCCCACCAAGCCGUAGUUGAGUAACGUGUGAGCAGCGAGCGACAGCAUGCCUGGCCACGUUAAGAAGAGCACGGGGCCCGAUCCCGACCCCACGGAAUUCCUGUUCAUCUCAGCGGAGCAGAAAAUGCUGGACCAGAGCAAGCCUUACGAUCCGAAAAAGUCUUGUUGGGUCCCGAAUGACAAGGAUGGCUUCAUCGAGGGUGAGAUUCAAGGCACCAAGGGUGACCUUAUCACAGUCUACGCCGCGGGUGAGACCAAGAACUGGAAGAAGGAUCUUGUUGGUCAAGUCAACCCUCCCAAGUACGAGAAAUGCGAGGACAUGUCCAACUUGACCUACUUGAACGAUGCCUCCGUCCUCUACAACUUGAAGACCCGUUACGUCGCUAAGCUCAUCUACACCUACUCCGGUCUCUUCUGUAUCGCCAUCAACCCCUACAAGCGCUACCCCAUCUACACCAACCGCGUGGUCAAGAUCUACCAGGGCAAGAGGCGUAACGAAGUGCCUCCCCAUCUCUUCGCUAUCGCUGACGGCGCCUACAUGAACAUGAUGCAGCUCGGUGAGAACCAGUCUAUGCUCAUCACCGGUGAGUCCGGUGCCGGCAAGACUGAGAACACCAAGAAGGUGCUCUCCUACUUCGCCAACGUCGGCGCCACCACCAAGAAGAAGGGGGAAGCUGAGAAACCCAAUCUCGAAGACCAGAUUGUCCAAACCAACCCUGUACUCGAGGCUUUUGGUAACGCCAAGACUGUUCGUAACGACAACUCUUCUCGAUUUGGCAAGUUCAUCCGCAUUCACUUCCAAGCCAAUGGCAAGCUGUCCGGUGCUGACAUCGAAGUCUACCUGCUGGAGAAGGCUCGCGUCAUCUCCCAGCAGUCACUCGAGCGCUCCUACCACAUCUUCUACGAGAUGAUGUCUGACCAAGUCAAGGAAAUCAAACCCAUGUGUUUCCUUAGCGAUGAUAUCUACGAUUAUCACUACGUGUCUCAAGGAAAGGUCACCGUGCCUUCUAUUGAUGACGGCGAGGACAUGCAGUUCUGUCACGACGCCUUCGAUAUUCUGGGCUUCACUAAGACGGAAGUUGAGAAUGUCUACAAGGCGACGGCCGCCGUCAUGCACAUGGGAGAGAUGAAGUUCAAGCAGAGGGGUCGCGAGGAGCAGGCUGAGGCCGACGGCACUGAGGUUGGAAACAAAGUUGCCAAGCUUCUUGGCGUUGAGGGUGAGGACCUGUACAGGAACAUUACCAAGCCCAAGAUCAAGGUCGGCGCCGAGUUCGUAGCCAAGGGCAUGAACGUGAACCAGUGUAACUACUCCAUUGGUGCCCUGGCCAAGGGUCUGUUCGAUCGAGUAUUCAAGUUUCUGGUAUCAAAGUGUAACCAGACGCUUGAGACCGGCCAGAAGCGUGCUUCCUUCAUCGGUGUCCUCGAUAUUGCUGGUUUCGAGAUCUUUGACUACAACGGCUUCGAGCAGAUCUGUAUCAACUUCUGUAACGAGAAGCUGCAGCAGUUCUUCAACCAUCACAUGUUUGUGCUGGAACAGGAGGAGUACAAGAAGGAAGGUAUCAACUGGGUCUUCGUCGACUUCGGUAUGGACUUACAGGCCUGCAUCGAGCUCUUCGAGAAGAAAAUGGGUGUCCUGUCCAUCCUGGAAGAGGAGUCUAUGUUCCCCAAGGCUACCGACAAAUCCUUCCAGGAGAAGUUGAACGCCAACCAUCUGGGCAAGUCUCCCGUGUUCAUCAAGCCCAAGCCACCCAAGCCCGGCGAGGCUGAGGGCCACUUCGCCAUUGUUCACUACGCCGGUACUGUCACUUACAACCUGAGUGGCUGGCUGGAGAAGAACAAGGAUCCCCUCAACGACACCGUCGUCGACCAGCUCAAGAAGUCUCAGAACGAACUUGUCGUCACCAUCUUCCUCGACCAUCCAGGCCAGUCUGGUACUGGAGACACUAAAGCUGGUGGUCGUGGCGCAAAAUCAGGCUCCUUCAAGACCGUAUCGUCAGGAUACAGGGACCAGCUCAACAACCUGAUGAGGACCCUCAACGCCACUCAUCCCCACUUCAUCCGGUGUAUCGUCCCCAACGAGACCAAGUCCCCGGGUGUGACUGACGCUGCUCUCAUCAUGCACCAACUGACCUGUAACGGUGUGCUUGAGGGCAUCCGUAUCUGUCGUAAGGGCUUCCCCAACAGGAUGAUCUAUUCUGACUUCAAGAACCGCUACAAGAUCUUAGCUUCCCAGGAGAUGUCUGCGAUCCCUGAUGACAAGAAGGCUGCCAAGGUUUGCUUCGACAAGGCCGGUCUAGACGAAGAGCUGUACCGCCUUGGCAACACUAAGGUGUUCUUCCGCGCUGGUGUCCUGGGUACCCUGGAGGAGAUCCGCGACGACCGUCUGGGCAAGAUGAUCGCCUGGGUACAGGCUUGGGUCCGAGGCUUUAUCAGCCGCAAUGCUUUCAUCAAACUCCAGGAGCAACGCAUUUCCCUCGUUGUCGUUCAGCGCAACCUCAGGAAGUUCCUGAAGAUGCGCACCUGGUCGUGGUUCAACCUCUGGCAGAAGGUCAAGCCUCUCCUCAAUGUCACCCGCAUUGAGGAUGAGAUUCGUGAGCUGGAAGAGAAGGCCGCCAAGGCUCUGGAGGACCUGGAGAACGAGACCAAGCUGCGUAAGGAGCUGGAGGCUGCAAAUCUUCUUCUCCUGGAGGAAAAGAAUAAUCUGUUGCUCUCCCUGGAAUCCAGUAAAGGCAAUAUGAGCGAAUUUUUGAAUAAGCAGGCAAAGCUGCAGUCCCAGAAGAGAGACCUUGAGUCUCAGCUUGAAGAAACCAGCGAGCGCUUGCAAAAGGAGCAAGAAGAUCGCAAUGCACUCUCACAAGACAAGAAGAGAGUGGAGCAAGACGUUCAGGCUCUCAAGAAGGAAAUAGAGCAACUGGAGUUGGCCAUCCAAAAAGUAGAACAGGAAAAGGCCGCUAAGGAUCAUUUAAUCAACAACCUUACCGAAGAGAUUUCCCAUCAGGAAGAACACAUCAACAAGGUCAACAAGGAGAAGAAACACCUGCAGGAAAUCAAUCAAAAGUCCGCUGAGGACAACCAGAGCAUCGAGGACAAGUGCAACCACCUCAACACUGUUAAGGGUAAACUCGAGCAGCACCUCGACGAACUCGAGGAUUCUCUUGAACACGAGAAGAGACAACGGGCUGAAGUUGAGAAAGUGAAACGAAAAGUUGAAAGCGAUCUUAAACUUACCCAGGAGGCUGUACACGACUUGGAACGCAGUCGUAAGGAUCUCGAGCAAGCCAUCGAUAGGAAAGAUAAGGAAUUCUCCUCAAUUGCCAAGAAACUAGAUGAUGAACAGCAACUUGUAGUGAAGCUCAAUAAACAGAUUAAGGAACUGCAGUUCCGCAUAGAAGAGCUGGAAGCCGGACUGGAGCACGAGCGUCAGGCCCGCGCGAAGGCCGAGAAGGCCAAGACCACACUCUCGCGGGAGCUGGGAGACCUCACCGACCGCCUGGACGAAGCGGGUGGAGCCACCGCCGCGCAGAUCGAACUCAACAAGAAGCGCGAGACUGAGCUCGCCAAGCUUCGCUGUGAGUUCGAAGAAAGGAACAUCCGUCACGACUCUGCCAUCCACCUUCUCCGUAAGAAGCACACAGACACCGUGGCUGAUAUGGCGGAGCAAAUCGAGCAUGUGAAUAAGAUCAAAUCAAGGUUGGAGAAGGAGAAAGAGCUGGCGAAACGUGACAUAGAUGACGCAAAGGCGGCCCUGGACAGACUGUCACAUGAAAAGGCUGAAGUUGAAAAGACGAACAAGCAGCUCCAUCACCAGAUGCACGAGGUUCAAAUUAAAUGUGACGAAGCUUUCCGCAUUAUCAGCGACAACGACGCUACCAAGAAGAAGCUCGCGGUUGAGAACGCUGACCUCUUGCGACAACUGGAAGAAGCAGAAGCUCAAAUCGGCUCCCUAAAUAAGCUCAGACUCUCCUUAUCCAACCAGGUGGAAGACUCCAAGAAGGUCGCAGAUGAGGAAUGUAGGCUGCGUGCCACAAUUCUUGGCAAGUACCGGAACCUGGAGCACGACAUUGAUGGUCUCCGGGAACAACUCGACGAAGAUAGUGAGAUCAAGGCUGAGCUGCAACGACUGCUGUCGAAGGCCAGUGCUGAGGCUCUCAUGUGGCGCUCCAAGUACGAGUCUGACGGUGUUGCUAAAGCCGAGGAGCUCGAGGCUGCUCGUAUGAAACUUGCUUGUCGACUUGAAGAAUCUGAAGCUCAAAUCGAACAGCUUAAUGUCAGAAACUUGAAUCUGGAAAAGACUAAACAACGCGCUUUAGGAGAGUUCGAAGAAAUGCAAAUUGCAGUUGAAAAGGCACAAACUUUAGCUGCUGUGGCAGAGAAGAGACAAAGGAACUUCGACAAAAUUAUCGGCGAAUGGAAGAUCAAGGUCGAUGACCUUGCAAUGGAACUUGAUGUUUCCCAGAAGGAGUAUCGUAGCUUAUCUACUGAAAACUACCGGCUAAACGCUGUAUGCGAAGAGAGAGCAGAGAGCUUCGAGGCACUUCGCCGAGAAAAUAAGAAUCUUUCUGACGAAGUAAGGCAUCUGUCCGAUCAGCUUUCCGACCGUGACAACACGCUCAGCGAGAACCAGAAGACUAUCAAGCAGUACGAGGUCGAGAAGGAGGAGCUUCAGGCCGCCCUCGAGGAGGCAGAGUCCGCCCUUGAGCAAGAAGAAAACAAGGUACUUCGGUCCCAGGUGGAACUUGGUCAAGUCAGGCAGGAGAUUGAUCGACGCCUUCAGGAAAAGGAGGACGAAUUCGAGGCUACACGAAAGGGCCACCAGCGCGCUAUCGAGUCCAUCCAAACAUCCCUUGAAACCGAAGCCAAAGCCAAGGCGGAAGCCCUACACAUGAAGAAGAAAAUCGAGGCUGACAUCGGUGAGCUUGAGGGUGCGUUAAACCAUUCCAACAAAGCCAACGCCGAGAUGCAGAAGAUCGUCAAGAAACUCCAGACGGAAACUAAGGAGCAACAGACCCGGCUGGAGGAGCAACAGCGCCUGGUCUCGGAGUACCGGGAGCAGCUCAGCACGUCCGAGCGCAAAGUCAACACUCUCCAGGGCGAGUUGGAAGAGUCUCGGACUCUCCUCGAGCACUCUGAUCGCAGCCGUCGCAACGCAGAGUCUGAUCUCUCCGAUGCUAAUGUAACCGUAACUAAACUUACUACCGAAAAUGGAAUACUUACUACGACCAAGAGGAAACUUGAGGCUGAAAUGCAAACCCUUAAUACCGACAUAGAUGAAAUGCUCAAAGAAGCCAGAAACUCUGAGGACAAAGCUAAGAAAGCCAUGAUCGACGCCGCCCGCCUGGCUGACGAACUCCGCAACGAACAGGACCACUCUCAGACCCAGGAGAAGAUGUGUAAGGGACUGGAAAUUACCGUGAAGGAGCUCCAGGUUCGACUCGAGGAGAGCGAGAGCAUCCUCCAGAAGACAGGCAAGGCUGCCUACACCAAGCUGGAAAGCCGCAUUCGUGAACUGGAGGGCCUGUUGGACAAAGAAGUGACCCUUCACUCCGAAGCCCAGAAGAACCUUAGGAAAUGUGAGAGGCGCAUUAAGGAGAUUUCCUACCAGUCCGACGAGGACAGGAAGAGCCAAGAGAAGAUGCAGGACAUCGUUGACAAACUGCAGCAGAAGGUCAAUGCCUACAAGCGCCAGAUCGAGGAGGCGGAAGAGAUUGCCGCUCUGAAUCUGGCCAAAUACCGCAAGGCUCAGCAGGAGCUGGAGGAGCUGGAAGAGAGAAGUGCUCUCAGCGCCAGGCACAUUGUCACUCAGCAUAUUGAGAGCUCUGUAUCGCAACUGGUACACUGAGACAUUCUUCCUGGCGGAUCUUUCAGCUUGUUUUACGACACCUUAAACGGUGGUUUAUGGAUUACUGUACCUUUGAAUGUUAAUAAACAUACAGAUGAAUA